AUGUCGAUCUACUACCGCCAAUAUGCAGGCGAGGGCGAUCUUCCGGCGAUCAUGUCGCUCGUUCAGACGGAGCUGAGCGAACCCUACGUGAUCUACACGUAUAGGUAUUUCCUCGACCAGUGGCCUCAUCUAGCAUUUCUUGCCUUUCCAGAAUCCGAACCGGAGCAGCCCUCUACGCAUCGCGCGGACGCACAACUCGGCUCUUCACACUCACAGUCAUCUUCAAAACCAAUAGGCGUCAUCGUUUGCAAACAAAGCAUGCACCGUGAAAAGGCCAACAGAGGCUAUAUCGCGAUGCUUAGCGUUAAUCCCCAAUGGCGAAAACGAGGCAUCGCUACCGCCCUCGUCUCCAAAUCGAUCGCUGAGAUGCGCGCCCGGGAGGUAGAUGAAGUCGUAUUAGAAACCGAGUUCGACAACGCCUCCGCUAUCUCACUGUACGAAUCACUCGGCUUCAUUCGGGAGAAGCGAUUGUUCAGGUUCUACCUGAAUGGCAAGGACGCGUUUAGGUUAAUCCUGAGCCUGCAACCCCCAGCGCAUAUGGAGAGGACAGUGAUCCCGCGUGCCGAAAGAACGGAAUCCGCUCAAGCAGUGUCAGACGUGCACUACUCUACGGGAACCAUUCAGGAACAGGACGAAGAUGAUGAUGCAGAUGUGCCAGUCACCGCACCUAGCGGGUGGAGGAUGCGCGAGGGGAGUGCCUCCGAUGACGGCGAGGAACCGACGUGA